CCCUUUCACCAUAAUUCUCGACUACAAGCUCUCCCUCUUCCAGUCUUCCCCCUCUCCAGCUACAAUUAAUUGGAGAGCACCGUUUUUGGAUAUGUGAGCUAUGGAUUCUCGCAAAAGAGGCAGACCUGAAUCCUCUUACGGCGGCGCUUCCAAGAAAUCUAAGACAGAUUCUGUUAGCUUAUUUCUACCUACUACACCUCAUUACACAUCUAGAAUCUCAGCAUUCAGCAGAAUAUCUCAAUUCAUCUUCUUUGUUAUUGGCUACAAAGCUGUUCCGGGUGCCAUCAAAACUAAAAUGUGCAUCAAAUUCAAGACGGAAGGAGGCUGCAUGUUUGGUGACAAAUGCAGCUUUGCACACGGGGAACGGGAGCUCAUUGCACCAUCUGACCGUGGUGGUGUGGACCUAUGCCUGGCAGGUUUAGUGGUGGUCGAAUGAAGCCACACAUAGAUAAGUGUGGAUGCUUCCCUGGCUGGCAUUGUGGUCGGAAAAGGAGGAGCGUACUCAAAUUAAAGCGGAUAUACCAGGAAACGGGGGUCAAGCUAUUAAUCAGAGACCACGAGAGGGAUCCUAAUCUCAAAUACAUCGAGCUUGAAGGUGCAUUCGACCGAAUCGAGGAAGCCAGCGAGGGGAAAAAUUGAUAGCAACUCUAAGAAGAAGCUCUGCAAGAACUUCACGAGAGGGUCGUGCAUGUUUGGGGAGAGAUGCCAUUUUGCACAUGUCGCGGACUGAGGAGGAGUUUUUUUGGUGUGCAUUAAUACUUGUAGAUAUGAACAUGUAGCAGCUUUGGUUGAUUGAGUAAAAUAGGUUGUGUUAAUGCAUCCUUCUGUUCAGUAACGUAAC